AUGGCAGCCUCGGGCGGCGAGGUGAUUGGCCGCGAGGGCGAUCCGUCCGUGCGCAGGGCGAACGCGAAGCAGCUGGCCGCCGGCUACACCAGGAAAAAGCGCCUCCUCGAGUGCUGCUACCUCUCCGCCUCCACGUUCCUCUGGUGCAGCAACGUCAUCGCAUGCGGCCGCUACUUUGUCUUCGCGUCCGAUGCGAACUCGAUGCAGCUCGUAUGGGUGCCGCUGUUCAUCAUUGCGGCCAUGACGCUGGCGGACUUCGUCUCCGGUCUCGUGCACUGGGGCAUGGACACGUGGGGCACCCCUGACACGCCGAUCUUUGGCACCUUCAUCCGCAGCUUCCGCGAGCACCACGUUGACCAGACGGCCAUGUGCAAGCACGACUUCAUCGAGACGAACGCCGACACGACGCUGCCUCUCCUCCCUCUGCUGCUUAUCCAGUACGCGUGCGUGCGGUCUACAAAUCGCAGUGGUAACGGCUAUGUCGUCAACCUGCACGUCCGCAACAUCGGCGCACACGUCUUCCUCUGCACCUUCUUCAUCUUCGUGGCCAUCACAAACGAAAUUCACAAGUGGUCGCAUCAGGCGAAGCAGUCCCGCAUUGUGCGCAAGGCAAUGGAGAUCGGCAUUCUCCUCUCCCCCAUUGCCCACCGCAAGCAUCACAAGGACCCCUUCGACCGCACCUACUGCAUCACCACGGGGUGGUUGAACCCCCUGCUCGACUCCACGAACUUCUGGCGCCACCUGGAGUCUCUGGUGUCCUCUAUCACGGGCGAAAUCCCGCGCGUCAACGACCAGACUCUGCUGGGGAAAUAG